UACGCCCUCUGCGGGACCAAAAACAUUUGUCACCUAGACGCCAGUGUUCAAGCUAACAGCAUUCAUUCGUAGUCUGGACCAGCUAAGAAAUCCGUCACCGAAUAUGGUCUGUGGGGGGUUCACUUGUUCCAAAAAUGCUCUGUGUUCCUUGAACGUGGUAUACAUGCUGGUCGGCCUGCUGCUGAUUGGCGUGGCAGCAUGGGGGAAAGGCUUUGGCCUCGUGUCGAGCAUUCACAUCAUCGGUGGCGUGAUCGCAGUGGGCGUCUUUCUUCUGCUCAUUGCCAUCGUGGGGCUCAUCGGAGCGAUACACCACCACCAAGUCAUGCUUUUCUUUUACAUGGUCAUUCUUUUCAUUGUCUUCCUCUUUCAAUUUGGAGUCUCCUGUUCCUGUCUCGCAAUGAACCGCGGUCAGCAGGAGGUAUUUCUGAACUCUACGUGGGGAAUGUUGGAUAAUAAAACCAAGACCGACUUGGAGAGUCAACUGAACUGCUGCGGGUUGCUCAACAUCACCAGCAGUCGAGUGCAGUUUGAGCAGGAUCUACAAAGCUGUCCCGCUUUAUGCAAGAAGACUAGUUCCUGUUUCACCUGCGGGGAUAUGAUGCUGAAUCAUGCCAGUGAAGCUCUCAAGAUCCUCGGAGGUGUUGGACUCUUCUUCAGCUUCACAGAGAUUUUGGGUGUUUGGCUCGCAGUUCGGUACAGGAACCAGAAGGAUCCACGAGCAAACCCAAGUGCGUUCCUAUAGACUGUCCCUGCACGUAGGUGUCCCAGCGCAGCCCAUGCCGUUACUGACACUGGUACACAACACGGAAUGGACGAGCACACGCAGCACCUGACCAACACCGAAAACACACUAUACGCCUUCACUCGCGACUGAGCAGUUAUAGAGCUCACACUACUGGAUACUCAUGCAUGACAGGAUGACUUGUAAUACCAGUGAGGCUGACUCGCUAGUAUUGUGACCCAGCCUUGAUUUGAGUGCCCAAACACACCGAGCACCCUGCACAGUCAAGCUGCGCCCGACCCAGCAGCUGAGAGGCAUCUCACAACUUAGCCCAUGUGCACCUUCAAAUGUUGUGUACAAGAAACCCGUUCCUCUGUGAUGUGUGUAGAUUCAACCUGCAUGAUGAGGGGAGAAGAUGAUGCAGACUGGACAUGCGCAGUAGUGUAGCUUGCGUAGCUAAAUGUCACACACAGCUUGGAAUAGAUUUUAGACGAUUAGUUCCUAGUCAAUCAGGUUGAAAUAUUUAUGAACUGUACUGAGCCAGCUGUCACAAAUGUUGGACUGCCAACGGACUGCGCACCUGAUGUUGUACAUACUGUAUGUGUCAAUACUGUCGUUCACGUAGAUCUUCCAUGUAGUGUCCACUCUAGCUGCUUGGUUUGUCUGCACAUUUCACCUUUCUUCCUUUGUGUUGCACAGUGAUGUUGAUUAGAAUAUCAUGUCAGCUACGUAUCCCUGCCUCCUGUUUAUCUGGAAGAGAUCAUGAGAAUACAUAAAUAUUAAAAAAAAAGAAAGAAAAUACAUGUUUGGGUAAAUCUGGCAAACUGUGCAUCACGUAAUCAAUUUUAAAGCAUUUUAAGUGUUGUAAAAUGUUCAUUGUGGAUCAGUCUUAGUUGUAAACCUUUUUAAUCUUGAUAUUUUGUUGGCUCAAUUGUUAAUAAUUGCCAUUACAUUCAUCAGUGUUAAAUGCUUUGUAAAAAUGUGUUAAAUAUGUUUGAGAUCUAUUUUAAGUUACCAUUGAUGCACAAGUUGUGUUAUAGAUUUUGGUGUUUGAUAUUCCCUGCUCAUGAAUUAUGUUAUUUUAAGUUGCUUCUCAUUAGAAUAGCUUUUAACUUAAAGACCAGCAUACCAUUUAUUUCUGCCCUACUUGAACUUGUCAAUUUACAUGCAAGUGCAGAUUUCCUGCUAGUGGUGAGAUGUUUCCCUGGCAUGUAUAGAUUUGUUGCUACAGCUUACAUUUAUUGUACUGCGCAGUAUUUACACCACACCUUUUAAUUUGUGUGCACUUGCGGUUGAAAUGUGUUUUUCCCUUUUAAUUU